ACGGGUGGAUGGAAGGACCCCAGGCGUCGCCUCCGAGCGUGGGGGAAGGAGGACCGGGGUCGCGCCGCGAGAUGGAGCUAGUCGGCGGCUGUUACGAGCAGAUUCUUUUCGGGUUCGCGGUGCGGCCGGGGGAGAACUGGACGCCUAUCCCUGACUUUACCCAUCAUGCCCACACUGCUUCAUUAUCAGCAGUAGCUGUGAAUAACAGAUAUGUAGUCACUGGUAGCAGAGAUGAAACAAUCCAAAUAUAUGAUAUGAAAAAGAAGAUAGAACAUGGGGCAUUGCUGCAUCAUAAUGGCACUAUAACUUGCCUGGAGUUCUAUGGGAAUGCACACUUAUUGAGUGGAGCAGAAGAUGGAUUAAUUUGUAUUUGGGACACAAAGAGAUGGGAAUGUCUGAAAUCCAUUAAAGCACAUAAGGGGCAUGUGACAUCUCUUUCUAUUCACCCUUCUGGAAAAUUAGCUUUGUCAGUAGGAACAGACAAAACAUUAAGAACAUGGAAUCUUGUAGAAGGACGAUCUGCCUUCAUCAAAAAUCUGAAGCAAAAUGCACACAUAGUUAAAUGGUCUCCCAGUGGAGAGAAGUAUGUGGUGGUCGUAACUAAUAAAGUGGAUGUCUACAAACUUGAAACAGCAUCUGUCAGUGGUGCCAUCACAACUGAGAAGAGAAUUUCUUCAGUUAGAUUUAUAACAGAUUCUGUUCUUGCUAUUGCCGGAGAUGAUGAAGUUAUAAGACUGUACGAUUGUGACUCACAAAAGUGCCUUUGUGAAUUUAAAGCUCAUGAAAACAGAAUAAAAGACAUCUACAGUUUUGAAAAGCAAGGACUACAGGUUAUUGUUACUGCAUCCAGUGAUGGAUACAUUAAAUUGUGGAGUCUUGAACUUGAUAAGAUCCAGGAUAGACCAUCUUUGCUAUGUGAAGUCAAUACCAAAGCCAGGCUUACAUGUCUAGCAGUAUGGCUAGACAGAACUUCAGAAACCAAAGAGAACCCUGACAAUGCUACAACCUCUUCUUACGGUAACAGAGUAAAUGAAGAUGAACAGCCAUUGAUAACUAGGAAAAAGAAAGUUUGUUGGACUGAUAAUAGUGAUAAAUCAGCAAAGGGAGAUAGGCAAGUGAUGCUCAAGAAACGAAAAUCAGAAGGUGCACAGCAAAAGAAGAAAAUGAAACUAUAGAGCUCAAAAUGAAUGUAACUUCUUUACCAUUCAAAUAAUAAGCUGAUAUCAGUAAAUUUUGGUAUCACUGUAACCAUUUUUUACACCUCUCACUUCUACUCAAAGCAUAUUUUGCCAUCUCAACAGGGCACAUAUCUCUGAAACUAUCUUAAUUUGGGGAGUAGAAAAUGUUUCUACAUUGAUAAAUGAAAUGACCAUUCAGAAUUUUGGAAGGUGGCAAAUCUGAUGGUACUAACUUCUCUUGAAUUAUACCAUUCAGAAGUAAACACAUAAUGUAGUAUAUCUAAUGUAUAUUUUAAUUAUAUCAAGUAUAGUAUAAAAAUUCUCUUUGAGCAGUUCUGAAAUUCAGUUUAAAACUACAAAAAUCGCUGCAGUUCUGUAUUAAUAUACUUGGAUUUUCUGGUUUUAAUCAUUAAAAUUUGAAAAUAGGUUUCAGUGAAAUAUACAAUGAAAAUGUCUGCAAUUAACCAUUUCUACAAUGUUAAAUUGUUUGCAACAGGACUGGCAGCCCAUAAAGAUCUUCCACAGUGUUUGGGCACUUGUAUCUAGGAGGACUUAAUUUUGGAGGGGGCUAGAUUUUUAUGUAAUUCAGGGUAAGCUGUGUUGUAAAUACACCCACUAGGCUGGAUUUUUGUACUAAAAAAAUGUGCCUGCCUUUAUCACUUUAAGGGUUAUUUUUAGACAAUCUUAAUAUAUACUCCAUCAUGUCAGAAAAAUAGAACUACCAAAAAUAUCCUUCAUAUAUUCACAAAAAGAAAACUUGUGUUUAACCCUUGAGACAGCAAUAAAAAGAGGGUGUGAAAGCAAACAGUAUAUUUUUUGCCUUCUGAUAUUUCAAGUCUUUAAUUUUAAAAAGACCUGUCUGUGUCCCUAAAUUCAACUCUGUUUAUGUCCUCUUUCUCCAGGAGUUGGUUUACAUGAUUGAAACAAACACUUUGGUAACUUUUAUGCAGGCAUUUUACAAGUAUUUACAUUUACUCUUGAGCUGUUGAAAUGCCAGUGUUAAUAAGAAGUGGGCUAGAACAACUUUAAGAUGUUCUAUAUGUUUUAAAUCUUUAUGUUCAAAGAAAUCUAAUAUAAAUUAGUUAAGUUGGAAAAGUUUAUAUUCAUUUCUUUCCUUCUCCUUUUCUCCCCUAAAAAUGUUUAUCAAGUCUGUGCUCUGAGAUUUAUUGUGUAAAACGGACAAAGAGUAGUAUUUAUUAUGUACGUAAAGUUGCCUCCCUGAUGAACCAUUAUACUGUUGUGCUAAGUGUUCGUACUGGGCAUAAUUCCACCUAUCUUUAAAGGAAAAUGAGCAGAGAAUGUUCAGUAGUCAAAAUAAGAAUCAUGGCUGACAAUAGGCACUAAAGCAGAAAUGUUCUCUACUCCAGUGGUUCUCAACCAGGGGUCCGGGGAUCCCUGGGGGCCACGAGCAGGUUUCAGGGCACCGCCAAGCAGGGCCAGUGUUAGACUUGCUGGGGUCCAGGGCAGAAAGCUGAAGUCCCAUCGCAUGGGACUGAAGCCUGGGGCUCUGAGUCCCACCACCUGGGGCUGAAGCCGAAGCCUGAGCAAUGUACCUUCGCCAGCGCCCCAGGCAAUUGCCCUGCUUGCUACCCACUAACACCGGCCCUGGCUUUUAUAUGCAGAAAAUAAGUUAUUGUGGCACAGGUGGGCUGUGGAGCAGUAGCAUAGCUGGGGGGGGAGCAGGGGUAGUGGCCGCUACCCCACUAAGCAUGUUGUCAAAAAGUGGCGCCUUAGGGGUUAACAUGGCGCCAGUGGGGCCCACGCUCUGCUCUGAAGCUUGGUGCUGCGGGCGCUGGGCUCCUACAUCAAGGCAGGCUUUGCGGGCAGCAGCCAAGCUUCUUCCCCCGCCCCACCCUGCCCUGCCACCGAUCAGCUGUCUCCCAGCAGGAGGGAGCAGCUGAUCGGUGGCGGGGAGGGGGAAGAGCUGAGCUCCAGCAAGCUGGCCGCUCCUGGGAGGAGGAGAGAUGGGGGCCCAGCUCCAGUAAUACUUGGGGUCCGGUGUCUCCCCUGAGCCCCCCCCCCCUUCCCCAAGUGUCCCCUGGCCCCGACUUGCUGCCCCCGCCCCGGAGCAGAGUGUCCCUGUGUGGCUCCAUGUGCAGGGUCCUAGUGCCCCCCCAUCUCCACUGCCAGGACAGACUGACUCUGAGCCUCAGCCUGCCCUUCCCCCUCAGACCCUUCCCUUUUCCGGCAGGACCCUCCAGCAGCACAGGGGGGGCCCCCAUCCCUCACCCCCAGUGAGGCUACAGUCAGGGGUAGCAGCAGGGGAGGAGGCGCAUGCAGCGCCCUCUGGCACCCACCACGGGGGAGGCGAGGGAGAUUCCUAGAUCUGAGAGGGGCCCUAGGAGCACAUGCAGUGACUAUGUGCUGCUGGGGAGGGAAGCAGGAAAGGGGGGCUCCCCCAGAGCUUGCUGCUGCCAGCAGGGAAAGGGCUGGGGGGAGUCCUCUCUGGCCCCUGUCCUGGAGCAGCCUGCCUGCACCCUAAAAUCAUCCCCAGCCCUGCCCCACCCUAGAGCCCACACCCCCAGUCAGAGCUUUCACCCCUCCACCGCACCCUCUGCCCGAGCCCUGAGCCCCUCCAGCACCCCAAACACCUUAUCCCCAGUCCCAGCCAGAGCCUUCACCCCUACUCUCGCCCUGAGCCCCUCCCACACUGAAAACCCCUCAUCUGCAGCCACACCCAACAGCCCACACCCUGUCCCUCUGCAUCCCUCCCAUCCCCAAACUCCCUCCCAGAGCCUGCACCAAUCCCCUGCCCCAGCCCACUCCUGGGUCUGCUGCGCCUGGACUCCAGCCGCGCAGGAAAGGAGAGCCUGGCGCGAGCAAUCUGCUUCUCCUUUGGAGCUUUUAAUUUAAAAAAGGCAGAAAUCUGGUGGCUCCAGACAAUACGGAGUCUUUUUUUCACAUGGGGAGUAAGCUCCCAGUUUGCCCCCCCCCCCACCUCAGAGGCUGCCUGCUCCGCUUUGGGGGGCUUUCCCCUUACAGCACUCACCUGCCAGGAGGUUGCAGUUUGAGGCUGGGGCUUUGGAGAGACAGACCCCUGGUGGUGUCGCCCCACACACACACCCCAGCUGGUCUCAGCUGAUCCCUUUGCUACAGUGUGCGCACAGGCCAGGGAGUGGGGGUGGGCCAGCUUCGCAGUGCUUAGCUCUGGUGCCUCUCCCAAGCUGGCAGAGGGGUUUGCGGAGUGGGGGGGGGUGCCCCCUCCCCCCCGCUUGGACCCAGCCUUGGGCUUCUGACACAGCAAAUCUGGCAUUGUGGGGGUAUGGUGCGUGAGGAGAGGAAAGUCCCUGGUAUCGGGCAGUAGCUUCCACCACAUAAUCAAAUGUGGUAGAAACAUCGUCUGUACACUUGUAACACUUACCACUACAGCAUUAGUCAGUCUGAAUCCCUUGCAAGACCCAAGAGGCCCACAUUUUUUUUAAACAUUUUGUCUUCGCCCUUUUGUCGGCGCUUUUUUAAAUGCAAAAUAACACACGUACUUAUAAAACAAUAUCAUUCUUGUGUUUUUAUUUUAAGUACAAAAUAAAUAUAAUGAAUUUA